AUGGCUGGAGUGACGUCCGACUUCGCGGCCCGGCUUGUCUUCUUGAUGCACCAAGCCACGGCCAACUCCCAGCAUGUCCCAGGUGUUGUCCUGCAGGUAGUCGACCGUCAUGGCAAUUCGGCCUAUUCCGGUGCAGCAGGUCUGAAAGGGCUCGGAUCCACUAAGCCUAUGACGACCGACACCGUAUUCUGGAUAGCCUCGUGCACGAAGCUGGUCUCGGCAGUUGCCUUAAUGAUCCUGGUCGAGCAGGGCAAGGCCGAUCUGGACUCAGCAGACCUAUUGGAAGAAAUGGUCCCCGAGCUGAAGACGGUACAAAUUCUCGAGGACGGCAGGCUUAGGCCAAAGCGUAACCGGAUCACUUUAAGGAUGUUGAUGACUCAUGUCGGAAUUGACUGGCCCCUGGGAAUGACCAGCACAAGCUUCAUGCCCUCUACAGACAUGCGGUCUAGAAUGGCCAUGUUCCACCGGAGAGCAGAUAAUCUGACUGCAGAGCCGCAUUUCUAUCGUCCAGCUCGGGAAGAGGGGCAGGACUACUUCCAGUCUGCCGGUGCCGGACUUCUGAGCACCGUGACGGACUACAGUCGAGUGCUGGCUAUGCUCCUCGGCGACGGUGUAUCGCCGCACACACAGAAGAGAGUUCUGGCGAGCGAGACUGUCGACGAGAUGUUCAGGAACCAGAUACCUGACUACAUGGGAAAAUACGUCACCGGUGGUCCGCACGUGACGAGCAGACCCGAUCUUUGCAUACGCGAUGACCCGACAGCAGAACCGACCGAGGCCUUGGAAACUUACGGCUGGGGUCUCACCAUGCUUCUCCAGACCAGUCCAGGGGCUGCCUCAUUUACCAAAGGCUCGGCAACAGGUCUUUGCAACUGCUUUUGGACUGUGGAUCGAGAGAAGGGGGUUGCAGCUGUAUGCUUCUCGCAAAUUCUGCCAUUUGGUGAUCCCUACGUAUAUCCACUAUGGCAGGCAGUGGAAGCAGUCAUAUAA